AAAUUCUCCACCAGCUUCAUACUCUGUUGUUAUUUGAUUUUUGCUCUUUGUUUUGCAAAGAAAUUUUCUUCCUUUUCUGGUCAUACUUAAAUACAGUAUUCUUGUUCUUUACUUAUCUAUAUUCAUGACUGCUAUUCUGAACAAAGCACACAUAAUCUGCACUGACCAUUUGCUCGAUGGUCGGCCUGCCUCCCUCAACAAAUACAUCAAAAAAUGGCAUUUGGCUUUUGUCAACAUCUACUGCUCAAGAACAUUUUUUUCUCUCGUCAGGAAUCAUGAUUCCAAGGCUUCGCCCAUUCCUGAUCAUGUCACUCUAACAAUUCCACCAGAUAAUGGUUGUUUCAAAAUUGAUGAGACCACUCUCACCGAUGUUGUGAAGGAGAAAAAGCUUGAGAAGCUUCAACAAAUUGGCGGAGUGAAUGGCGUAGCUUCUUCCCUGCAAACCAGCUUGGAUAGUGGAAUCAAAGGCAGUGCUGAGGAUAUUGCUCGCCGACGUGACGCAUUUGGUUCUAACACCUACAAAAAACCGCCAUCCAGGAGUAGCUUCUUCCAUUUUCUGGUGCAAGCUUUCAAGGAUUUCGGCUGUGCCGCACUUUCUCUAAUUGGGCUCGGCAUAAAGAAGAACGGCUUGACAGACAGUUGUGGUGACGGUGGGAGUAUUUUCAUGGCUAUUUUUCUGGUCAUUGCCAUCUCUUCCUUCAGUAAGUACAUACAGAACAAACAGUUCGAAAUAUUGCCUGAAGCCAGCAACGACAUCCGAAUUGAUGUCAUCAGAGGUGGCAGGCGGCAACAGAUUUCAAUAUUUGAUAUCGUAGUCGGAGAUAUUGUUUGCCUAAAAAUUGGGGAUCAGGUUCCAGCUGAUGGGUUGUUCUUGUAUGAACAUUCUCUGCAGAUAGGCGAAUCCAGCAUGACAGGGGAGAGCGACCAUGUUGAGGUGAAUUCAAAGAAAAAUCCGUUCUUGAUUUCUGGUACCAAGGUGGUCGAUGGGGAUGCUCGGAUGCUUGUCACUUCCGUUGGAAUGAACACGACCUGGGGCCAGAUGAUGAGCCACGUGACGGUCGACAACAACGAGCAGACGCUGUUGCAAGUCCGGCUAAACAAGCUAACGUCUGCAAUGCGUAGAGUCUGUGUGGCAGUGGCUUUCAUGGUUCUUAUAGUGUUGUUGGUCGGUUACUUCACCAGAAAUACAACCGAUCAGAAAGUCAACACAGAGAUCAAUGGAAGCAGAAAAAAUGCCAAUGAUAAAAUAGAUACUGUGGCGGAGAUAAUUGCUGCUGCUUUCACAAUCGUCGUUGUUGCUAUCCCGGAGGAGCUGUCGUCUAUCGUUGCGCUGACUCUGGCGUAUUCAAUGAAGAAAAUGAUGGCCGAUCAGGUGAUGGUCCGAAAGCUUUUUGCCUGUGAAACUAUGGGUUCUGCCACCGUAAUUUGCACUGACAAAACAGGUACUCUUACACUUAAUCAGAUGAAGGUGACAAGGUUUUGGCAGGGAAAGGAAGCCAUGGAUGGAACUUCUUCUUCCAUUUCUUCAUUUGUUGUUAACUUGAUUCAUCAAGGAGUUGCUCUGAAUACAACAAGAAGUGUUUGCAGAGGUUCUUCAACGUCAGAAUUCCAAUUCUUUGGUAAUCCAACGGAAAAAGCAAUUCUUUCUUGGGCAGUUCUGGACAUGAAGAUGGAUCAGGAGGAAAUAAAGAAGAAUUUCACCAUCCUCUUUGAGGAACCUUUCGAUUCUCGGAAGAAACGGAGCGGAGUUCUGAUCAAGAAGAAAGAAGAUAACACAGUUUACGUUCAUUGGAAAGGAGCAGCAGAAACAAUUCUGGCUAUGUGCUCAAGCUACUAUGAUGGUUCAGGAGUUAUGAAAGAUCUUAAUGGAGAAGAAAGGAUGGAAUUCAAGAAAAUUAUUCGAGGAAUGGCGGCAAGCAGUCUCCGGUGCAUUGCUUUUGCUCACAAACAAGUUGCAGAAACUGAGGAAGAAAAUGUGAAAGAGAAGAAAAAGCUUAAAGAGGAAAAUUUGACCUUGUUGGGACUUGUAGGUAUCAAGGAUUCAUGUCGGCCAGGGGUGAAGAAGGCAGUGGAGGACUGCCAGCAUGCCGGAGUGAAGAUCAAGAUGAUUACUGGCGACGAUGUCUUCACAGCAAGAGCUAUUGCCACUGAAUGUGGGAUUCUUCGGUCGGGUCAGGACAUGGAUAGUGGAGCUGUUGUAGAAGGCGAGGAAUUCCAGAAAUAUACACCAGAAGAGAGGAUGGAGAAGGUGGAGAAGAUUUGCGUUAUGGCAAGAUCGUCUCCUUCUGACAAAUUACUCAUGGUGCAAUGCUUGAAACAGAAAGGGCAUGUAGUUGCAGUCACUGGGGAUGGUACCAAUGAUACACCAGCACUCAAAAAAGCUGACAUUGGAUUGUCAAUGGGGAUUCAAGGGACGGAAGUUGCAAAAGCGAGCUCCGAUGUUGUCAUCUUGGAUGACAAUUUCGAUUCUGUGACCACCGUUCUGAAGUGGGGCAGAUGUGUUUACACUAAUAUACAGAAAUUCAUUCAAUUCCAGUUGACGAUAAAUGUUACUGCUCUGGUGAUCAACUCCGUGGCAACUAUUUCUACAGGAGAAGUUCCUUUAACAGCCGUUCAGCUUUUGUGGGUGAAUUUGAUCAUGGACAACUUGGCUUCUUUGGCUCUAGCUACAGAGGAGCCUACCAUGGGGCUUAUGAAGAGGCGACCUGUUGGUCGUACAGAGCCACUAAUUACCAAUAUAAUGUGGAGGAACCUCCUAGCUCAAGCUUUUUACCAAGUUGCAGUACUCCUGAUCCUACAAUUCAGAGGAGAGUCAAUCUUCAAUGUGACUGAAGCAGUGAAUGACACCUUAAUAUUCAACACUUUUGUGCUCUGCCAAGUUUUCAAUGAAUUCAAUGCAAGGAAGUUGGAGAAGAAGAAUGUGUUCAAGGGUAUUCAUAAGAACAACCUAUUUCUAGGGAUCGUCGGGAUGACCAUUGUUCUUCAAGUGCUAAUGGUGGAGUUUCUAAAGCAGUUUGCAGGUACAGAGAGGUUGAAUUGGGGACAGUGGGGUGCUUGCAUAGCCAUGGCUAUUGCAUCUUGGCCCAUUGGCUCGAUCGUUAAGUGUAUACCAGUGCCAGAAAGACCUAUUUUCAGCUAUCUCAAAUGGAAGAAGCGCACAUAGUAUAUUUAAAGCAUGAAAAUGUAUAUUUAAAAUGUGUUUAACCAUUGACAUUUGUGGAAUUAUGGGCUUAAGAGUUAUAUUUUUCUACAAGUAAUUUUAUAAUUAUUCAUUCUAUUCAUGUUGUGCAAAUUUUUUAUAAUUGAAGGUUUGAAUGUUUGAUUAUUAGAUGGAGAGAAUUAGAAGAAAAUGACUUAAAUGCA